AUGGUCAGCGUUGCAAAUAGGAUCCUCAUAUGGUUCAAGUCUGCGUACAUUCGUAUAACCCUUACAAAGACCUCAAUCGCAUUCUUCCUCUUCACUUUUGCGUACUGCUUUGCCCAUGCACUCAUACAAUCCCUCCUGUUCGAGCUUGACUCCGACUCCAACUCACUCACGUCGAGGAUAAUCUCAACUGCUCAAGUACCCACAAACGAAUUUGCUUGGCUGAGUCAGGACCAUAGCCCGACUACAGACUCGACUGUGUAUACUCUAAAGAUUUGCAAUGCAAUUCCAUUCGAGAAGAGCGAAGAGGAGGAUCCGUGCCACGUCGUAUUUCAGACCGAUAACCCUGGUGCUGAAUCUGUUCCGAGCGGCCUCAGACGCCGGCAGAAUGACUCAUCAAACUCAGACGCGACGUCAUCUCAAGACGCUUCAGGGUUUGGUUCUGGAGGAAACUUCACCUCGAACAUCAGCGAAGCUGCUAUAUCAGCAGUCUUUGAUCCCGUCUCGAAUAACGUCUCAAGUAUCGAUCUUACUUUCCCUGGUAUCAAUGCCGGGGAGCCGAUGACGUUGGACGCUGUAUGUACAAGGAAUAUGCUGUAUGCGGAUCAGGUCCUCAGAAACUCGAAGAGGGAAGAGAUUGCCCUUAUUGGUUCGGAAUUUUGGCUGCUUUGGACAUCGGUGAUUGCUCUACUGUAUGGAUCCAUCGCACACCUGUACUCUGCCUUGGCGUUCCGUGUCCUGUCAGUCGGGUGGUCAGCGUACUCAAUCUGGCGAACCCACGACAUCAAUAAUCGCUUUGACGUUCUUUUGACAGAAGGCCCGUGUGGGGUGGACCUUUUCCCACAAUACUUUAGGCAGCGUACUUCAAUUCAGAUCGCAGAUCUUGCCCUGAACGCUGUUGCGCUGCUGUUGUUAUCCUACCUCAUUGCACGUCUAGUGCGUACGUACAAGACAAAGAUGUUCCGAUGCAUUGGACCUCCUGAUCACGUCGUAAAAAUCCACCGCUUCGUCCUAGGGCUGUUCACUUGUCUACAAGUGGCGAUCUAUUUCCUCAUCACGUCCGCAGCACUAUGGCUUGAUCAACUUCGGAACGGAGCAAUUGCGUCUAUUUCUUCCCAUAUGGCACUGUAUCUUGCCAUCUUCAUCUUCAUCUUGGUGCUUCUGCUUCCUUGGAUUGCAAUUGGGUGGCGCUCCGUGCGAUAUGAGCAGCGCCUCGCUCUCCCAGUGUUCGUCGUCCUCGGACUGAUAUUCGAAGCUGGCUGGUCGGGAAUGUACGAUUCGCUCGUAUGGCGUUGGACGUGGAUACAAUGGCCGUUCUUCGCCUCGACUGCAGUUGCAGCGCAGUUCAUUCUACUUGCAAGCGUCGUCCUGGGUAUCAUCUGUCGUAUGAACUUCGGCAAAGGUUUGAAGGAAUACCUUGAAGCUGCAAGCGUGCUGGAGAAGGAUGAUUUCGAACCAGAUUUCGUCAGUGAUAACAAAUCGCCAUCCCAGAACUCCGCGGAUGACGAUCGAUGGGUGGCAGAUAUCGAGAAGGCUGCAAAGGAGCGCCUUUCCCAGGCGCUAGACUUUGGCGCGCAUCAGCCUGCUCCUCCGGUAUCGCCGCCUGCUUAUGAUACUAAGAGGAGGAUGGACGCUCCUUUGGCUCCUGCUCCGGCGAUACUCAACCCCAUAUCACAUGUUCAUACAACGUCAUCUGAUAUGCAAUAUGGCGGACGUACGGAACGCCCGCAGAGUUUCACAGGCAUGCUUCCAUCAUUGCCUUCGUUAGGGAAAUACGAGCCUUGGCAUAAUUCACCGGAAGAUGAUGAAGAUGGUGACAACGGCCACCCGGGACCCAGGGGUCGUAUCUAA